CGAAAUUCAUUUUUGUGCUUUUCGAUUUCCGUGUAAAGCAAGCAUCCAUUCCAUUCCUAUCUAUCCUUCCCUUGCUUAACCCAUGGGCAAUAACUGAAACCUCCCCCUCUAUCUAAAACACAUCGCCAUUGAUUAUCAACGUACUCUGUUUUGUCAGCUUUGCUUCACUCAUAAUCUUCAUCUUCUCCAACCCCCGUAUCUGUGUAUGUAUAUCUGUCUUUCUUGCGGAACUAUCUGAUUGAUUAGGGGAGCGAUGGAGCAGCCAGCAGCACAGGACGGAGGUUCGUUGCUGGCGAUUCCGCAGCGGGUGGUGGCGCCGCCGACGUCUCUGGCCCCUGGCUUCAGGUUUCACCCCACAGACGAGGAGCUUGUUAGGUAUUACCUCCGCCGCAAGGCAUGCGGGAAGCCCUUCCGCUUUCAGGCUGUCUCGGAGAUUGAUGUUUACAAAUCUGAACCUUGGGAGCUUGCGGAAUAUUCAUCUUUGAAAAACAGAGAUCUAGAGUGGUACUUUUUUAGCCCUGUAGAUAGGAAAUAUGGGAAUGGAUCUCGACUCAACCGUGCCACCGGAAAAGGGUACUGGAAGGCAACUGGGAAGGAUCGUUCUGUGCGUCAUAAGUCAAAAACUAUUGGGAUGAAGAAAACCCUUGUUUUUCACAGCGGGAGAGCUCCUGAUGGGAAGCGGACAAAUUGGGUAAUGCAUGAGUAUAGGCUCGUUGACGAAGAAUUAGUGCAGGCUGGGGUGAUACAGGAUGCAUUUGUCCUGUGUAGAAUUUUCCAGAAAAGUGGGUUGGGACCACCUAAUGGCGAUCGAUAUGCACCUUUUAUUGAUGAAGAAUGGGAUGAUGAGACAGUGCUUGUGGUUCCUGGUGGAUAUGCUGAGGAUGAGGCCACCAAUGGUGAUGAUCAUGUUGAGGGCAAUGAUCUUGACCAGGCUGGUUCUCUAUUGAAGGCGCCUCAAAGUCCAGUGGAUCCUCCUCAGGUGCUUUCACUUGUUUGCAAGAGAGAGAGAUUGGAGGACCCCGAACCUCUUUCGUUGAGCCAAGCCAAAAGAUCCAAGCAGCACAGUGAUCCUAGCUCAAGCCACGCAAAUGGAUCAGAAGACUCCACCACAAUCCAGGACCCUCCUCCAACAACCAUGACAAAUUACUCCCCUUCCCUAUUAGAAUUCCCCUUGUUAGAUUCCAUUGAACCCAAAGAAACCCAUCCUUCAAAUGUGCACACCACCUUUGACUCCUCCACUCUCGAGAAGUCAGUGCCACCUGGGUACCUGAAGUUCAUAAGCAACUUGGAGAAUGAGAUUCUGAACGUGUCUAUGGAGAGGGAGACGCUAAAGAUUGAAGUGAUGAGAGCCCAAGCUAUGAUCAACAUUCUUCAAUCACGGAUUGACCUUCUGAACAAGGAGAACGAGGACCUUAGAAGAGUUGUCCGAGGUGGGUGAGAGGGGGUAGUAAGUAAAUCUUCUUUGUAAUCUUAGGGUUCAUCAAAUCCUUUUAUUUUGACGACGGGCAAAGGGAUUUGUUUGUACUUGGAAUUGAAGCCCAGCACCCAGCCAACCCAUCUGUCGACACAUCUGUAAUAUUUCAUUUCCUUUAGUUUGUGUUUACUCUGAGCUCUCUACCAGAAGGGCACUAGCUUACAAAUACAUUUCCCCAUCUGUUGGAACUUUUCAUCAUCAAAUAAAGAAGCUGGAGUUUCAUUAUCUUUU